GGUCGCGAACGUACGAUCGAUCGCCAAGUCUCAGAAUCGGUCGACAUGGCACGCGGUAGACUACGCCACGAUCUCGGGACAGGGCUGGGCCAUUGAACUGGGUAUUUUAAUUGCUGCGGUGCUUCAAGUCGCUGCGCACCACUACAACGAGAUUCAUUUAAUAGCCAGGAGGUGCCUGUUGUCUUGAAAUCCGAACCACUAGCAAACCGAUUCAUCUGGCAGAGGGCCAUACCAGUAUAAAUCGCUUGAUCAAACCAACAAUCAACCCAGCAACUACCACCUGCAGCUCCAAAUGGCCGCUCUGGAAUUCGGUCGAGCCUCCAACACCCUGCAUCAAAGCGCUGAUGAAAAUCAGCCGCUAGUAGGUCAUCCCUCACAUCCUUACCGUCAUCUACCCAGCACUGCUUCUGCUCUAGCUCAUGAUCGUGCCACCCAUGUUGAUCAAGAACAUGAACUAUACUGACUCACACCAAUCAGAUGCCUCUUGACCUAGCAACUGAGCAGGCAACUGCCCAAACCCUCCCGUGGGACGUGGAUGAGUACUUAUCUGAGUACUUAUCCAACUCGUCCAGUUCACCUGAGCUUCCUGAUUAUGUGCAAGCUUGCUACCCUUUCAACUACCUGCCGAGCCCUACAACAAUGCCAAACCACGACACCGACAUGUUCUCUUAUACAAACAGAACAAUUGAAGGUUCCUCUGCGAUAGACCAACGGGCUAUGUCAGCAACUCAAGCGGUUCAGGUCCCACAGAUGACCGAUAUCCAACUUCGAGCCGCUUCACGGAAACCUAAAAACCGCCGAUAUAAGGUGACCACGGACACACCAGCACACGUCCGAGAAUGCCAUCACCUCGCCGAGAAGCAGUACCGUACCCGACUCAAGGCGCAGUUCGAGAGUCUUCUAGCAGUGCUGCCGGCGUCCAGAACAAACACCCUAGCUGAUAGAGACAGCUCGCCAAGCUCAGGGCAGGUCUUGAGUAGGGGUCAAGUACUUGACCUUGCACGGGAGCGUAUUCUCGAGUUGGAAGAAGAGAUUGGAAUCAUGAGGAGCAUCGCAUCUAAUGGAUAUCCCCUAGCGUGAUGUGUUCUGGUAUGGCACUUCUCUCAAGCAAGGGUUUCAAAGUCUUUAUAGAUUGGAUGUUAGGGAUCUUUGGACAAAGGUUUUUGGUAGCGGGGGAUUAAUAUUUGCUCCCGCAAGUCUGGAGGUUUUGCAUGACUGCUUUUGUGAUAUUAAGGCUGGUUGGACUAGGCAGAGUGAUGCCUACGCUACGGACGAGAAAACACCUGGGAAUAACAUAUGUGACUUUAGAGAAUAUGAUCAAUAUGUUGAGAUUGGUCGGCCACUAGUAUGCAAUGAGGGACCUCCUCUAGAAUCCAGGGAAGUCGAACCUCUCCUCCGGCUCUUGGUCAAUUGCCCCCUCCUCUCGCUCCAAUGCCCCGAGCAUACUGAUAUUCAGACGGUGAAGUAGCGGAUCCUCCUUCAGCAACGCUACCUGAGCAAUUAUAUCCUCCAAGUCCUGUUCUACAUCAUAGUACCUGCCCCUCAGCGCAUCCUUCGCAAUACCCGUGGCGAGAGCUACACAUGACAUACCAGCCAAGUGCGGCGAGCCAGUGAACCUUUUCAUCCACUCUUCAAAGCGGCCCAUAAUUUGAGGGAACUCUCCAAGCGCGCUAUCUUGAUGGCCAUCUAGUGGCGUAACGCGUUCCGUCAGCAUAUGUCAAGAAAAUUGAUAGGACCAAGUGUUCACUGACCUGCUGUCUUCAUGCCCGAACGCACCGCGCCUGGAUGGAUCGCGUAUAGAUUGAUGUCAGAUGAUGGAGCAACUUCAUCAACUUCGGCCUGGAGGACGCUCGUCAACUUGAUCAGAGCAGCCUUGCUGGUGCAAUAACUAAUGUUGAAUGGGAAGUCUACAGUAGCCGCCUUGGAAGCGAUAUUGAUCACGCAGCCUCGGCGUCUCUCAAUAAAGCCCGGUAACACUAAACGCAUCAGGACGAGUGGUCCGUUGAAGUUGAUCGCCAUGUCCCGAAGGAAGAGAGCAGGAUCCUGCUUAUGGAACUGUGUAUGCGCUUUAGCUUAAUUCUUAUGCCUGGGAAAAUACUUGGGACAGGACACUUACCACGCGGAUACCAACAACUCCAGCGCCAUUAAUAAGGACAUCUAUAUCACCUACAGUGGAAAUUGCCUGUUGAUAUCUAUUAGUGACUAUCCCGUGGCUCAUUGUUGGGCACGGCAUACUUGUUUCACCAGCUCCUCGCAUUCAUUGGGGUUCCCGACGUCGCAGCGAUGAUAGUGUACUGCAUCAGCACCAAGAUGCAAAAGCCGAUCCUUGGUAAAGUCUGGCAGGGCAGGCUGUAUAUCGGAUAGGAAGAGACUGGCACCGGCAGUAGCAAAGCAUUCAGCGGUCGCGCCGGCAAUGGUACCCAGAGCACCUACUAACAGUUAGAUAACAAGAACAGCUUUUUCGACGAGCAUAGCCCGUUUCCAAGCUGUGUACCAGUGAUUAGAACAUUCUGUCCUUUUAAGGAGUUUCUGAACUUUGAUGGAUGAAGGAAAGGAUAGAUCUCAUUGUGAAUGUGGGGGGGCUGCUGUCCUGCCAUAUUGAUAGCAAUUGUGAAGUUGGAAGCUAGGAAGUAUAGUGACAGUCUGAUGGCCUUCACACUACAUCAGAACAACCAAGUCGAGUCUUUAUAGUUCGUAGAUCC